UUUGAAUUCAAAGUUCUGGACAAAGGCUUGGUGUAUUUGGAUUUAUGAUGUAGAUUUUGAUCGAGAUUUAUGUUUAGGAGCAUUGAGAUUAUAUGAGCAAAAACCCUAGACGAAACUAGGAAUUUAGCCAAGUAAAGCCGAAAGCAAGUUGAAUAAGUAUGCUUUACCAGGGUGGAAGCACCAGAAAUAGCAAUUUCAUCUCUAUGCUCGAAACAAAAGAUUCAGAAAAAGUAAAAGGCAAUGCCAACAUAGAGGGAGAAGAAUUGAAAUACACAGAAAGCAGUUUGAUGAUGAUGAAAACGACCACUAUGAGAAGAAGAAUUGAGAUCAGUUUCUCUCUCUAGAUAUGGAAGAAGCAGAAGACGAUCAGGAACGUGAAAAAGGGGAGUGGGUGUGUGGGCUCGUGUGAAGAGAGAGAGAGAUAGAGAGGGGAGGGUGGAUGGAUCGUCUAGGCGGUCCCACGUGGCAGAGAGGGAUUGGUUAAAGGAGGAGUCUUUUUUCUCUUUCUCCGGAGUCCCUCUCUUGACAACAACACACAAAAACCCAUGUCAGAGUGUUGGGUGUUGUGUUAAUUCCAAACUUCAUUUCCCAUUUCUGUAUUUAUGAGAUGAGAUAUAAAGACCACCGGCGAUUCCGUAUCAUACGCUCUUUUUCUUCCUAUUUAUUCUGCUUUUCCCCCUUUUUCCCUCAUGCCCUAGCAUCCAUAUACGCACACAUCUCUCUUUCAAUCCGUCGAUCGCUCUUGUUUUCCUAUUAAUUCAGAUACCCCCUUUGCCUUUGAUGAUCUACUCUUUUCAUAGCAAAUUGGAGGUUUAGCAGUGACUUGCAAAUGUCUUGUGCCACCCACAACAUGAAAUGAAAGACCCAGAUUCCAAGAUGAAGAAUAACGAGUUAUCAACUAGUGACAUUAUCAAUGGAAACUGGGUUUUGAAGCGCAAGCGGAAAAAGAUUCCUUCUGGGCCGGUCAAGUCCAAUGGCAACAAAACCGAUUCUGUACAUUCAGAAUCUCAUACGAGCACUUCACCAAAAGGGAAGUUAAAGAAGGAAAGCUCUUCAGAUCAUUCUCUUUCCAAGGAAAAAGGAAAUGAUGGGUACUAUUAUGAAUGCGUCAUUUGUGAUCUUGGUGGUGACUUACUCUGUUGUGAUAGUUGUCCUGGGACGUAUCAUAUUGGGUGUCUGGAUCCGCCUCUUAAGGGAAUUCCAAAUGGGAAGUGGAAAUGUCCUAGCUGCUGUCUUAAAAAUAAUUCAGUCGAGGGUAUAGACAAUGUGGAUCCUACCUCAAAGCGAGCAAAAACGAAGGUCACAAGUAGAAAACUGGAAAAUAGAAUCAAAUCUGCAAAAAGCGGCAAGGUAUCUAGUAUUGGGAAGAAAAGAUUGAAGAAAGGGAAAUCUGCCUUAUCAAGCCCAAAUGUUGAUAAGCUAAAUAAUCCAUCCACUGAUGGCUCACCAGAAGGGAGUUCAUUUUUGAAUGUCAAAAAUGAGAAACAGACCGAUGCUGAAGAAAAGAAGCCGGACUCUCCUUCCAACUCAGUGGUGUCUCUGUCCAAGGUUAUGGAGUUGGAGAUAAAUGAAGAAAAACCUGGUAGGGAUCGACCUCACCCUCAAAAGAAGGAAGUUGUUCUUGCCAUAGAAAGUGUCUCUAAGAAAUCCAGGAAAAGGAAGCGUAAUGUUCCAUCUAAUGAUGUUCAAAAGAAGCCCAAGACUGAAAAGGGGAAAUGUGUGAUGGCAUCACGUGGAACAAGCAGUUCUCAACUAAAGCGCAAGUCAGUUAAGCAUGCGAAAGAAAAAUCUUUAUCAAAAAAUGACAUGGGGGAUGAAAUUCGUAAUAUCACAUUGAAAGAUGAGAUGUUUCUUGGAGAAGCUACAAAUCCGUCACAUGAAUUAAGUGAAGCAGGAAAAGUUGAAAUGCUGAAAUUUGCAGAUCUUUCUCAGGACAAAGUUCUACAGGUUGAUCGGGUAUUAGGUUGUCGAAUUCAAGGCAUAGAGAGAAAUUCUCCACGUUCCCACUCUGCAGCAGAGGCUGAUGUCAUGUCUUCUCAGAGUCCCAUGGUUCAGGACAAUCAUAUUGGACGGUUAGAUAUUGUAGAUGCAGAAAUGGUUAAUGAGGGUACUGAGAAUAUCUUGAUCCCUUCUGAUAGGCAAACACUUGAGGAGAAUACUACAAGAGUAGAUAAGAUAAAUGCAUAUAUGACGAACAAUUGUAGUGAAGAGAAUAUCAAGGAUUCUGUGGGUCAAACUAUGGAUGAUCCUGGGUCUACGGCAACGGACAAGAAAAAUAAAGAUGAUUCUGCACUUACUUCACAUGAUUGGGCAAAAAAAUCCCAAGAGAUUCCAACGGGGGACAAUAUGAAUGGUGUUUCAAACUCUCCUGAAAUUGUAGAUGAUAAGAUUAAUAUAGAUACUGAAGCAAACAGUAGUCAUGAGACAAGGAAGUCUAUCAUUGCAGGAUCUUUAUCCUCUGAUGGGAAAACAGUCUCUUAUGAGUUUUUAGUUAAGUGGGUUGGAAGAUCUCAUAUACAUAAUAGUUGGGUUGCUGAAUCACAGUUGAAAGUUAUGGCAAAGAGGAAACUGGAUAACUACAAGGCAAAGUAUGGAAGGACGGUGAUAAAUCUUUGUGAAGAACACUGGAAAGUGCCCCAGCGGGUGAUUGCUCUUCGAUCAUCAAAAGAUGGAUCAACUGAAGCUUUUGUAAAGUGGAGUCGUCUUCCUUAUGAUGAAUGUACAUGGGAAAGGACAGAUGAGCCUGUAAUUGUUAAAUCAUCUCAUCUUAUAGAUCUAUUUGAUCAAUUUGAGCUCCAAACCCUGGAAAAAGAUGCUGCUAAGGAUGAGAUGCCAAGGGGAAAGGGCCAACUUCAACAUGGUGAUGUAGUUACUCUCACUGAGCAGCCUAAAGAGCUAGGGGGCUCUUUGUUCCCACAUCAAUUGGAAGCGCUAAACUGGUUGCGUAAAUGCUGGUAUAAGUCGAAAAAUGUAAUUCUUGCUGAUGAGAUGGGGCUGGGUAAAACGAUAUCCGCUUGUGCUUUUCUGUCAUCUUUAUACUUUGAGUUUAAAGCUAGAUUGCCUUGUCUAGUUUUGGUACCUCUUUCCACAAUGCCAAACUGGAUGGCUGAAUUCUCAUUAUGGGCUCCUAAUCUGAAUGUUGUGGAGUAUCACGGCUGUACACGAGCAAGAGCUCUAAUGCGUCAGUAUGAAUGGCAUGCAAAUGAUCCAAUGGGUUCGAACAAGAAAACAGCCAGUUAUAAGUUCAAUGUUCUUUUAACUACUUAUGAAAUGGUUCUUGCUGAUUCGACCCAUCUACGUGGAGUUCCGUGGGAAGUUCUUGUGGUUGAUGAGGGCCAUCGUCUUAAGAACUCGGGUAGUAAGCUCUUUAGCUUGCUUAAUACAUUCUCUUUCCAACAUCGUGUGUUGUUGACCGGUACUCCUCUCCAGAACAACCUAGGUGAGAUGUAUAACUUGCUAAAUUUCUUGCAGCCAGCUUCAUUCCCUUCUCUUUCGUCAUUUGAGGAUAAGUUUAGCGAUCUUACAACUGCCGAAAAAGUGGACGAACUGAAGAAACUUGUUGCUCCUCAUAUGCUUCGGAGACUUAAAAAAGACGCAAUGCAGAAUAUUCCCCCAAAGACUGAGCGCGUGGUUCCUGUUGAGUUGUCAUCUAUUCAAUCUGAGUAUUAUCGGGCUAUGCUAACAAAGAACUAUCAAGUUUUACGCAACAUGGGAAAGGGGGUUCCCCAGCAAUCAAUGUUGAACAUUGUAAUGCAAUUGAGAAAAGUUUGUAACCAUCCUUAUCUCAUACCUGGAACUGAACCUGAAUCUGGGACGAUGGAAUUCCUUCAUGAUAUGCGCAUCAAGGCUUCGGCCAAGCUGGCUUUGCUUCAUUCUAUGCUUAAGAUAUUGCACCAGGAGGGUCAUAGAGUUCUCAUAUUUUCACAGAUGACAAAGCUUCUAGAUAUUCUAGAGGACUAUUUAAACAUUGAAUUCGGGCCCAAAACGUUUGAGAGAGUUGAUGGUUCUGUCUCCAUAGCUGAUCGCCAAAUGGCAAUUGCACGCUUCAAUCAAGACAAGAGUCGGUUUGUCUUCUUGUUAUCAACCCGCUCUUGUGGCCUUGGGAUCAAUUUGGCAACUGCUGACACUGUCAUAAUCUAUGAUUCUGAUUUCAACCCACAUGCUGAUAUCCAAGCAAUGAAUCGUGCACAUCGAAUUGGGCAGUCAAAAAGGCUUCUUGUAUACAGGCUUGUUGUCCGUGCUAGUGUUGAAGAGAGGAUCCUUCAGCUUGCAAAGAAGAAACUGAUGCUCGACCACCUUUUUGUAAACAAAUCUGGAUCUCAAAAGGAGGUUGAAGAUAUCUUAAAAUGGGGAACUGAAGAACUUUUCAAUGAUUCUUCUACCCAAGCUGGAAAAGAUGCAGGUGAAAACAAUCUCAACAAAGGUGAAGCCUCCAUAGAUUCUGAACACAAGAGUAAGAGGCGGACCGGGGGUUUAGGGGACGUGUACCAGGAUAAGUGCACAGAUGGGAGCACCCAAAUAAUGUGGGAUGAAGCUGCUAUUCUGAAGUUGCUAGACCGUUCAAUUAUUGACUCUGUUUCAACUGAUAACGCAGAAGGAGAUUUGGAAAAUGAUAUGCUUGGCUCUGUGAAGUCUCUGGAUUGGAAUGAUGAACCAACAGAAGAAGGAGGAACUGAGUCACCUUCGGCAAUCAUUGAUGGUAGCACUGCUCAGAAUUUGGAAAAGAAAGAGGAUAAUUCCGGAAAUGUUACCGAAGAGAAUGAAUGGGACAGGCUUCUGAGAGUGAGAUGGGAGAAGUACCAAAGUGAGGAGGAAGCAGCUCUUGGUCGAGGGAAAAGGGUAAGAAAAGCUGUUUCAUACAGGGAAGCAUAUGCUCCACAGCCUAUCGAAACAUUGAAUCAGAAUGGUGCUGAUGAGGAGCCCGAACCAGAGCCAGAGCGAGAGUAUACACCCGCAGGAAAAGCUCUAAAAAUCAAGUUUGGUAAGCUUCGAGCUAGACAAAAGGACAGAUUGGCCCGGAUGAAAGCAUUCAGAGAAUCCCUUCCCAUUGAAGGAUCCACCUUUAACGGUCAAAAUGAAGACCAAGAAGACAACCCAAGUCAAACAUUGGAUCCACCAAAGAGCAAGACCGAUCCAGAUCCGAACCCUGGCAAGGGGAAAGAGUUGGUGCGAAGUGGCAAGUUGCUUCCUGUUCUUGGGCUAUGUGCUCCAAAUGCGAAGCUGAUGGAGUCGGCUAAUAGAAAUUCUUCAAGAUCUUCUAGUAGACAGGACAAGCAUGUGAUCGGUCUCGACUUCCCGUUUCAUCUAGCUCCUUGCUCUGGACCCUUCAAUGAGGAGGCUGCAAAAACUUGUGGAACCGCCUCGGUCAAAUCUAAACAUCCAGAUGCCGAUUUUAACGUUCUCCAAUAUGAACUAAAGACGGGUCUAUCUCCAUUCGCUCCGCACACCUUCAUCCCGCCUCCAGGGAAAAUUGAUGAGGCUUCAGAAAGCUCGGCUCUGAUGGCAUUGCCCAGAUUACCCUUUGACUUGCCUAGACUACCCUCACCCGGGAGAAACCAACACGACUUGUUUCCCAGUUUAACUUUGGGGAGAUCGAUUGGUGAAUCGAGCGUAGCUCUUCAUGACUUCCCGACGAUCCCAAUGUUGUCCAAUUUGAGAUUCCGAAAAGAUAAUCAACAAGAGAUGGAUGUGCCACCUCCCCCCAUGUUGGGUUUGGGUCAGAUGCCUCCUGUUUUCUCGUCGUUGCCAGAAAACCACCGGAAAGUUCUUGAGAAUAUAAUGAUGCGAACGGGUUCAGGAUCAAACAAUCUACUUAAAAGGAAACUUGUUAAAGAUUUUUGGUCUGAAGAUGAACUUGAUUUCUUGUGGAUUGGUGUUCGUAGACAUGGGCGGGGUGGUUGGGAUGCUAUGCUUCGCGAUAAUCGGCUUAAAUUUUCAAGAUUUAGGACUGCUGAAGAUUUGGCGGCAAGAUGGGAGGAAGAACAGCUCAAGAUCUUGGAUAUGCCGACCCAAAAACAGUCGAAAGCUUCAAAAUCUGGGAAAUCUCCGGGUUUUUUAGGCAUUUCUGAUGGAAUGAUGAAACGGGCAUUGCAUAAAAGCCGGUUUGCUGGUUCUCCACUCGGUAUUCAACCCCAUCUGACACAAAUGAAACUGGGAUUGGAUGAUCUUCCCACCGAGAAGCCGAAUCCAGUUGGGUUCGAAAAUGAGCAUCUCCCUCGAAUCCCGACAUGGAAUCUUGAACGGUUUCCGGUGAACUUUUCUGGUGGAUCAUUGUCUGCUGGGCCUUCUGAUAGAUCAAAUCAACAUCUUCUUCCCAAUCCGUUUGUGACCAAUAGGUGCGGAACUUUUGGUUUGAAUGGCUCGGGCUUAUUUGAUUCACCGCAAAAAGAUGAAGCACAGCAUCUGAAUCGGAAAAUGCCAAAUUUUCUUGAGAAUGUUGGUAAUCCGAAGGGAAAAGAUGAGGCUGGCGGUAGUGGUUCAUCUGAAAACAAGUUACCUCAUUGGCUUCGUAAAGCAGUUGGUGGUGGUGGUGUUCCUGCCAGACCACUGGAGCCUGAAUUGCCGCCAACAGUCUCCGCCAUAGCUGAGUCAGUUCGUUUGCUAUACGGAGAUGAAAUACCAACCAUUCCUCCAUUUAUUCCUCCCGGUUUGCCACCUUCUCCACCCAAAGACCCUCGCCGCAUUUUCAAGAAGAAGAAGCGCCACCACUCUCAUGGUCUUAGCCACCAAUCRCYRCCAGAURUCCCUGRAACUAGCCACCAAUCGCUGCCAGAUAUCCCUGGAACUAGCCACCAAUCGCUGCCAGAUAUCCCUGGAACUAGCCACCAAUCGCUGCCAGAUAUCCCUGGAACUAGCCACCAAUCGCUGCCAGAUAUCCCUGGAACUAGCCAUCAACCAGAGGAACAUGUUGCUUCGACUUCAGGUACCGAACCAGACCUCAAUGUACCACCACCUGUUGACCAAACUCCGGUGGUGGCGCCAUCUUCACCACCAAAUCCAAAUCAGGAAAGUGAAAUGAUUUUACAGGAGACAACAGCAACGAAGGAGGAGGUUUCAUCUGAAGGGACGGUAUCAGAUGAUCACGUAAGUGAACAUGAAUCUUGAAUUCUCCAAUUUUUGUAGGCGCGGUCCGAUCAAUCGAGUGGUUUCAGAGUAGCAAAAUACGAGGUUUAUAGGAUGUAAAGUUGUGUUUGAAGAAAAAGUUUAAAGAGAUUUAUGUGCAUUUUGAGAAUUAGAUUGUAUUAAGAAUAUGUAUGAUUAACAUCUUAGAACCCUUUUGCAUCACC